AUGUCUUCUACUCGCACAAUUUGUAUUGUAAUCAUUGCUUUGAUAUUAAUCAUUCAACCCGGUACGAUUUUUGUGUUGCGGUUUUGGAGGGUUUGGUGGAGGAUUUGGUGGAUUUGGCCUAGGUAAGACAAUGAUAAGAUGUUCUUCAGCUUGUUUUAUUUUCAGGUAUGGGUUGUGGAUAUGGGAGUUUGCUCGGUGGACUCGGUUUGGGAUAUGGCGGAUAUGGAGGUUAUGGUGGUUAUGGAAUGGGUGGAUAUGGAUUGGGAUAUGGUGGAUAUGGAAUGUAUGGAGGAGGAUGUGGCGGCGGAUUCAGCAGUUUUGGUUGUGGAUUUGGACGGAAAAAAUGA